AUGGAUGAAUUUAAAAGCAGUAGAGAUUAUCUGGGGCAUAGGGAAAAUAACUCGGAAAGUGCCUUAGGGGGAAAAACGAAUGAUAAUCAAACGGGGGUGUUAAAGGAGCCACUAAAUGAGCCAUUGACGGAGCCAACCCUUUCACGUAACGGAAUAAAAAAAGCACCCUCGUCUAAGUCCCAUUUCGAGGAAAACCACAGAGGCAGCGAAAAGGAUGCACGCCUGCGAUGUAGAAGCAACCUGAGCGAUAAGGUGCAAAUGAAAGACGGAGCUGUUCUUUCAAGUAAAAACACAAGUGUGACAAAUAGUAUAGCUUCUGCGGAUUCUUAUAAAGCUGAAGAUUCUUUUGAAAAAUUUUUUCAAAUAAGUAGAGAAGCAAAACAAGAACUAUCCGAACAUGUAAAUAAAUUAUUAAGCCAUGCGAAUGAGUCAGAUCGGUUCGAGACCCCCAGGAAAAAUAGUACCGAAACGGACAAAAGCUAUGAUCAGAUGAACAAAAAAGGGAACAACAUCAAACCUACUUAUGAUCAAGAUGAUGUGUAUGAAAAUUUCAGGAAAAUGCAAACAUCAUUAUACGAUGGGGCAAAUGAAGCCACUUCUUUUAUUAUGACAAACGUAUUCAGUAAAAAGAUAGACAUUGAAAAGAAUAUCGUGAAGUAUGAUGAUAUGUUGUCUAAACAUAGUGAGAACUUCUUUAAAAGAUUUGAGCUUUUCGAGCAAGAGGAUGAGUCCAUGGAUGAGGCAGAAGCAGGAAUCAGUCUUGUGGAUAAGUUAUGUGAGUACUUCACCUACGUGAUGUUCUUAACGUUGAACAGGUGA